CAAAACUCCAGAAUGUGUUUGUUUUCAGCUGCUGACACAUUCAAAUUGCAGACUAUAAAUGCUGUGAGAGAAACAGCAGAAACUCAGUAUCUGGAUCAAAGCUGAAGGUCUAAAGAUGAGACGCAUCCUCGUUUUACUGGCUGUGGUGUGGAUGUGUGAUACCGUUAAGUUCGGUCAGCUCUGCAGUGACAAUCUAUGCAACACCCAGAGGACAAAAGACAACUGGGGACAGGGACACUACGGAGCCUCGCGGGGUGGGAGACUCCACAAAGGUGUGGACAUCAAUUGCAGUGACGGCUCAGCUGUCUUAGCCCCGUUUGAUGUGACAAUCAAAGGGAGCCUGAUUGUCUAUAAUGACCCCAAUAAGAAAGCUAUCGACGAGGGCAUCAACCUCUCAGGAGAAGGUCUUUGUUUCAAACUUUUCUAUGUGAAGCCAAUCAAAACCUCAGGAACAGUGAAUAAGGGUGAGAAGAUUGGCACAAUGCUGCCCAUGCAGAGCGUUUACCCAGGGAUCACCUCGCACAUCCACGUCCAGAUGUGUAACAGAAGUGUAGAUCCCACAGAGUAUUUCUCUGACUUAUGUCAGACUCAUGUCCCUUCUGAAGAAACUGAAUUAACACCAGGACUAAUCUGGUGGUUUGAUCUGACACACAAUUAUUACGCCUAAGAAAGAAGCUUUUACUUAUUCUUUUCUUAACUGUGUCUGUUUUAUAUAAAAUGGCUUGCACAGCUUUAACCCUUUUGAAAAUGGAGCAUUUAUUCAGCCUUUUGACAAUUAAAAAAAUU